AUGGCUGUUUUUGCUUCUUUUUGGUCGCGAGGACAAAUAUGGACAAAUCACAAGAUUCAACCUUCCAUGCAAUGUUUCCAAAGGUUCUCGUCGGACUUGCUUCUGCAGGCGCCGAUUGACUUUGUACUACGUGGGAGUGUGAGGGAAGCAGGUACAGAUCACGAUGAGCCCAUAGGGCUCCAACUUAUACCAGGCUAUGCCAUGGAUAUGUUCCGGUUGAAGAGCAAAGAUUUUGGCGCUGGCCAAACUAGAUCACGCAUCUAUUUCAUCAUGGUGCACCACAGUGUUGGAGACCAAAACACCUUGGACCACAUUGGUGCUUUGCUGCAAACUUUCGCUGCGUCCAUGCCAGCAACCUCUGUCUGGGACGCUGUGGACUACGUCAAAUGCUGCAAGCAUGAUUGGACUCCAGAGGAAGAGGACCUUGUGCUUCAGCUGCAGCGUGCGUUAGGCGAACCU